AUGGCUCUCGCUCGGCCUGCCACAAAACUACCGCCCGGUGCAAACCGUAUUCUCUUCGUGAAAAAUCUGAACUACCAGAUUACGGGAGAGGACUUGUACGACCUGUUCGGACGCUAUGGCAGUAUCCGUCAGAUUCGGAUAGGCAACGAGCAGAAGACUAGGGGUACUGCUUUUGUUGUCUUUGACGAUGUGAUGGACGCUAAGAACGCGUUGGACCACCUGAACGGCUUCCAUCUACAAGAGCGUUAUAUCGUCGUGCUCUACCAUAUGCCUGCCAAACAAGACGCUGCUGCAGCUAAGGCAGACCUGGCCCGUCGGGAAGAAGAACUCUCGCAAUUGAAGAAAAGGCACGAUAUCAACGACGAUGAAUGA